CCGAGCUCAGCCUGCCUCUCUCACAAGGACGAUCGCCUGCCCUAACCCCUGGCCACGCUGCCCCACAAGGACUGUGCUAUGAACAUGGGGUUUCCUGGGUGCCUCUUGCUCCCAGCUGGGCACCCCCUUGGCAGGAGCUCGGCUGCCUGCGCUGGAGCCGGGAACACAAGGAUCCCCAUCCUCCUGGCCUGGCUUUGGGCUUCCAUGACAGGAUUCCCCAUGACAGACUCCGGCAUUUCAGAAGUGGCUCAUCUCCGACUGGUGAAUGGUUCGAGUCGCUGUGCUGGGAGAGUCGAGGUGUUUCAUAACCAGAAGUGGGGAACCGUGUGUGAUGACGACUGGGACAUAACUGAUGCUGGAGUCGUGUGCAGGCAGUUGGGCUGUGGGACGGCGCUAUCAGCCCCACGAGAGGCUCGAUUUGGGCGAGGAUCUGACCUUAUCUGGCUGGAUAACGUCAACUGCGCAGGGACAGAAGCUGCCCUCUCUGGUUGCGGGGCUCGGCCUUGGGGAGACCAUAACUGUAACCACGGAGAAGAUGCCGGUGUUGUGUGCUCAGACUCAGAAGUGGCUCAUCUCCGACUGGUGAAUGGUUUGAGUCGCUGCGCUGGGAGAGUCGAGGUGCUUUACAACCAGCAGUGGGGAACCAUAUGUGAUGAUGACUGGGACAUAACUGAUGCCGGAGUUGUGUGCAGGCAGUUAGGCUGUGGGACGGCGCAAUCAGCCCCAGGAGGGGCUCGAUUUGGGCAAGGAUCUGACCGUAUCUGGCUGGAUGACGUCAACUGUGCAGGGACAGAAAAUGCCCUCUCUGAUUGCAGUGCUCGGCCUUGGGGAACCAAUGACUGUAACCACGGAGAAGAUGCCGGUGUUGUGUGCUCAGGUACAGAGCACUCAGAAGUGGCUCAUCUCCGACUGGUGAAUGGUUUGAGUCGCUGCGCUGGGAGAGUCGAGGUGCUUUACAACCAGCAGUGGGGAACCAUAUGUGAUGAUGACUGGGACAUAACUGAUGCCGGAGUUGUGUGCAGGCAGUUAGGCUGUGGGAUGGCGCAAUCAGCCCCAGGAGGGGCUCGAUUUGGGCAAGGAUCUGACCGUAUCUGGCUGGAUGACGUCAACUGUGCAGGGACAGAAAAUGCCCUCUCUGAUUGCAGUGCUCGGCCUUGGGGAACGAAUAACUGUAACCACGGAGAAGAUGCCGGUGUUGUGUGCUCAGACUCAGGUAUCUUAGAAGUGGCUCCUCUCCGACUGGUGAAUGGUUCGAGUCGCUGCGCUGGGAGAGUCGAGGUGCUGUACAACCAGGUGUGGGGAACCGUGUGUGAUGAUGACUGGGACAUAACUGAUGCUGGAGUCGUGUGCAGACAGCUGGGCUGUGGGACGGCAUUAUCAGCCCCAGGAGGGGCUCGAUUUGGGCGAGGAUCAGACCGUAUCUGGCUGGAUGACGUCAACUGUGCAGGGACAGAAGUUGCCCUCUCCAGUUGCAGGGCUCAGCCUUGGGGAACGAAUAACUGUAACCACGGAGAAGAUUCCGGUGUUGUGUGCUCAGAUACUUUUCUGUCUGAAGUGGCUCAUCUCCGACUGGUGAAUGGUUUGAGUCGCUGCGCUGGGAGAGUCGAGGUGCUUUACAACCAGCAGUGGGGAACCAUAUGUGAUGAUGACUGGGACAUAACUGAUGCCGGAGUUGUGUGCAGGCAGUUAGGCUGUGGGACGGCGCAAUCAGCCCCAGGAGGGGCUCGAUUUGGGCAAGGAUCUGACCGUAUCUGGCUGGAUGACGUCAACUGUGCAGGGACAGAAAAUGCCCUCUCUGAUUGCAGUGCUCGGCCUUGGGGAACCAAUGACUGUAACCACGGAGAAGAUGCCGGUGUUGUGUGCUCAGACUCAGAAGUGGCUCAUCUCCGACUGGUGAAUGGUUUGAGUCGCUGCGCUGGGAGAGUCGAGGUGCUUUACAACCAGCAGUGGGGAACCAUAUGUGAUGAUGACUGGGACAUAACUGAUGCCGGAGUUGUGUGCAGGCAGUUAGGCUGUGGGAUGGCGCAAUCAGCCCCAGGAGGGGCUCGAUUUGGGCAAGGAUCUGACCGUAUCUGGCUGGAUGACGUCAACUGUGCAGGGACAGAAAAUGCCCUCUCUGAUUGCAGUGCUCGGCCUUGGGGAACGAAUAACUGUAACCACGGAGAAGAUGCCGGUGUUGUGUGCUCAGACUCAGGUAUCUUAGAAGUGGCUCCUCUCCGACUGGUGAAUGGUUCGAGUCGCUGCGCUGGGAGAGUCGAGGUGCUGUACAACCAGGUGUGGGGAACCGUGUGUGAUGAUGACUGGGACAUAACUGAUGCUGGAGUCGUGUGCAGGCAGCUGGGCUGUGGGACGGCAUUAUCAGCCCCAGGAGGGGCUCGAUUUGGGCGAGGAUCAGACCGUAUCUGGCUGGAUGACGUCAACUGUGCAGGGACAGAAGUUGCCCUCUCCAGUUGCAGGGCUCAGCCUUGGGGAACGAAUAACUGUAACCACGGAGAAGAUUCCGGUGUUGUGUGCUCAGACUCAGAAGUGGCUCAUCUCCGACUGGUGAAUGGUUUGAGUCGGUGCGCUGGGAGAGUCGAGGUGCUUUACAACCAGCAGUGGGGAACCAUAUGUGAUGAUGACUGGGACAUAACUGAUGCCGGAGUUGUGUGCAGGCAGUUAGGCUGUGGGACGGCGCAAUCAGCCCCAGGAGGGGCUCGAUUUGGGCAAGGAUCUGACCGUAUCUGGCUGGAUGACGUCAACUGUGCAGGGACAGAAAAUGCCCUCUCUGAUUGCAGUGCUCGGCCUUGGGGAACGAAUAACUGUAACCACGGAGAAGAUGCCGGUGUUGUGUGCUCAGAGACUAGUAUCUUUGAAGUGGCUCCUCUCCGACUGGUGAAUGGUUCGAGUCGCUGCGCUGGGAGAGUCGAGGUGCUGUACAACCAGGUGUGGGGAACCGUGUGUGAUGAUGACUGGGACAUAACUGAUGCUGGAGUCGUGUGCAGGCAGCUGGGCUGUGGGACGGCGUUAUCAGCCCCAGGAGGGGCUCGAUUUGGGCUAGGAUCAGACCGUAUCUGGCUGGAUGACGUCAACUGUGCAGGGACAGAAGUUGCCCUCUCCAGUUGCAGGGCUCAGCCUUGGGGAAUAAAUAACUGUAACCACGGAGAAGAUGCCGGUGUUGUGUGCUCAGGAGCUGCUAAUGAGGAGUUUCACAAGGGAGUUCUCCAGGUGACGGAGGAGCAAACACAGCAUCCUUGGGCUUCCAUGACAGGAUUCCCCAUGACAGGGGCUGCUAAUGAGGAGAUUCGCAAGGGAGUUCUCCAGGUGACGGAGGAGCAAACACAGCAUCCUUGGGGACUGAAAAUUAAUACAAUAUUGGCAAUUACAAUUCCUGUUUCGCUGGGUGUGAUUUUGGCUCUUGUUCUGCCCCUGGUGUAUUACCUUAAGAAGAAGAAGAAAGUUGUAACUAAUAGGAGAAAAGAAAGGGUGCAAAACCUCUAUGGGAAGAACAAUAAUCCCACUGAAGAUCAGUACACAGAUAACAAAGGGGUUGCAUAUACCCAUGGCAUGGGCAAAGAAGCCCCGGAGCCGAUCUAUGAAAAUUUUGUUCUAGAGGAUGUGCCUUGUUCUACACAUCACUCCGAACAGAAGUGUGAAUCUGCCUUUCCACUAUAUGUGAACGGCGUGUACAGGCCAUGAGAGGUGCAGGAUGCUGGAAGAUAAGCAUCUCAGUUUAGCUUUUUCAAAGAUUGAUUUCAAUGUGUCAGAGCCAGCAGAAGAGGGAAAAAGAGGACACUCAGGCACUGAAGGAACAUUUCAGAAAUUUGGAAAUA